AUGUCGAGAUUUUUCAACUCCGUACUUCUUAUCUCUCUCCUCCUCUCUGUCGUUCAUGCGGCUGCAGUAGUCACUAGUGCAGGAGGCUUUAUGAGCAAAUGCGAGGCCUCUACCUUCAAAUUCUACGACGACAUCGAAUUAGGUCCUGCUCCUCAAUUUACCUUUACCAUAACACCUAUUCUCUCGGGUCUCUGUCCUGAUUCUUCUGGCCACAUGUCAAAUUCUACUUUGAAUUUGAAUACAUGUCUCGGAAACAAUGAUGCCCAUCUUGUCUGGCAGAGAAAUGGCAUGUUCCAAAACUCCUGCGGCUGUUCACUCCAAAUGCCAAACCUCUGCUGUGGUUGCGGUAAAGCAAACGGCGGCACAGUUCCAAGCGGUGUCUGCGUUGAUCUCAAUAAGGGAAUCGCAACUUCAGGCGGAAAAUUGAAUUGUGAUAGUCUUCCCGGCAAUUAA